AUGGUCUCAGCCAACGAUGCUGUGUUACCAGUUACCACACACCAACCCUCGCACACCACUGCUUUCGCACAUCUCUGCCCUCACACACCCCUACCCUCUCACACCCCUUCCCUCACACACCCCUACCCUCUCACACCCCUUCCUUCACACACCCCUACCCUCUCACACCCCUUCCCUCACACACCCCUUCCCUCACACACCCCUACCCUCUCACACCCCUACCCUCUCACACCCCUUCCCUCACACACCCCUACCCUCUCACACCCCUACCCUCUCACACCCCUUCCCUCACACCCCUACCCUCUCACACCCCUAUUCUCUCACACCCCUACCCUCUCACACCCCUUCCCUCACACACCCCUACCCUCUCACACCCCUACCCUCUCACACCCCUACCCUCUCACACCCCUACCCUCUCACACACCCUCCCCACAACCCUACCCUCUAAACCCCUACCCUCAAACCACAUACCCUCCACACCCCUACCUCUCACACCCUACCCUCUCACACCCUUCCCUCACACACCCUACCCCUCUCACCCCCUACCAUCUCACACCCCUACGAUCUCACCACCCCUACCCUCUACACCCUACUCUCUCCACCCCUUCCCUCACACCACCCCUACGAUCUCACACCCCUCCCCUUUCACCACCCCUACCCUCUCACAACCCUACCCUAUCACACCCUACUACCUCCUACAACCCCCUACCCUCUACACCCCUACUCUCUCACAACCCUUCCCUCACACCACCCCUACGAAUUCUCACACCCCUACCCUCUCACACCCCUACCUCUCACACCCCUUCCACUCACACACCCCUACCCUCUCACACCCCUUCCCUCACCACACCCCUACCCUCUCACACCCCUAACCCUCCUCACACCCCUACCCUCACCCACCCCUUCCCUCACACACCCCUACCCUCCCACACCCCUACCCUCUCACACCCCUACCCUCUCACACCCCUACCCUCUCACACUCCUGCCCUCACACACCCCUUCCCUCUCACACCCCUUCCCUCACACACCCCUUCCCUCUCACACCCCUGCCCUCUCACACCCCUGGCCUCUCACACCCCUUCCCUCUCACACCCCUUCCCUCUCACACUCCUACCCUCACACACCCCUGCCCUCUCACACCCCUUCCCUCUCACACCCCUUCCCUCUCACACCCCUGCCCUCUCACACCCCUUCCCUCUCACACCCCUUCCCUCUCACACCCCUGCCCUCUCACACCCCUUCCCUCUCACACCCCUUCCCUCUCACACCCCUUCCCUCUCACACCCCUGCCCUCUCACACCCCUUCCCUCUCACACCCCUGCCCUCUCACACCCCUUCCCUCUCACACCCCUACCCUCUCACACCCCUGCCCUCUCACACCCCUGCCCUCUCACACCCCUGCCCUCUCACACCCCUUCCCUCUCACACCCCUACCCUCUCACACCCCUGCCCUCUCACACCCCUGCCCUCUCUCACCCCUGCCCUCUCUCACUCCUGCCCUCUCACACCCCUACCCUCUCACACCCCUACCCUCUCACACCCCUACCCUCUCACACCCCUUCCCUCACAAACCCCUACCCUCUCACACCCCUACCCUCACACACCCCUACCCUCUCACACCCCUACCCUCUCACACCCCUUCCCUCACACACCCUACCCUCUCACACCCCUACCCUCUCACACCCCUUCCCUCACACACCCCUACCCUCUCACACCCCUACCCUCUCACACCCCUUCCCUCACACACCCCUACGAUCUCACACCCCUACCCUCUCACACCCCUACUCUCUCACACCCCUGCCCUCUCUCACCCCUGCCCUCUCACACCCCUGGCCUCUCACACUCCUUCCCUCUCACACUCCUGCCCUCUCUCUCUCAUCUCUGGUGUUAAAGCCUGAUCCUGAUACAGGAUCAGAGAGGGAAGGGGCAUAA